GACCAAGAACAAGAAGUCAAACAAGUUGGAUGUACAGGCAGCUGGCCACGCAACACACGGUUUCCCGCAUAGAGAUGUGCUCCAUCGUGGCGUCGGAGGAGAGGCGGCUGCUUACAGUCAGGAUGAAAACGGCAGUGAUGUGGUUGUGCAUUGUGCAUUUGGCUUUGGUCAGUGCUGGACUCUUCACCCGCAACGAUCUUCAAGCUGCCCACAGCAAUGUGUCAUCCCGCAGGGUCCGAGCCCCGCAGAGCACAGAGUCUUUAUACAGAGGCAGACAGAGACCACUGUUUGCGAGAAGAGGACAGUAUGAACGACAAAGGAUUCAUGUGCCGAAGGACAAAGUGGCCCCUGUUCCUCUAAAUGACAUCCCCCCUCCUCCUAAAGUGACACCCAAACCUAUGAAGCCAAAUUGCUCUUCGCUUACACAAAGCUGUUUGCCCCAGUCUGGCUGCUGUGACCCAUUCGCCACAUGCCACUGCCGCUUCUUCAAUGCAGUCUGCGUCUGCCGAAGGAUAAAAUCGUAAUACGAGGAGAGAACACAAAGAGCAACGAUACACCAAAACUGAGACCCAAAAAUAAACUCAAGCACACACUACUACAGGCCUUAUGAACAGAGACCAAAUCACCCAGACUGCCACAAUUGUGUUAUAGCAGUUUAAUCAACCAGCUCAACACUCAGUCUGAUGUAUCAUAUGGAUGGGACAAUGGGCAUCGAAGUCAGCCUCUUAAGACAGUAAAUGCACAUUUGAAGGAGUUUAAAAAACGUUGAUACCUCUUCUGACAGGCAGCUGUUUGGAAAAACUAUCCACCCUAUACAGUACUUAAGCUAAAAUGUAUUACUUUGUUGUUCGAUUCCUUUGAACAAUGCUUACUGUAUAUUAUCAGUAUUAUUAUUUUUGUGGUUCUCAUUUUGGAUGUUGCUGACAUUGUUAUGGUAAGAAAUUAAAAAACCACAGCAAGUACUGUAUAUAGCUAUAUAUAAUAUAUAUUUCUUUGUUUUUUGUUGUGUUUUUUUUUUUUAAAUGAUUAUGUCAGAUAUUGACUCACUAAUUGUCACUGUGCGUUCUCAUGUUAUUGCUCUCCUGCAAAGGAAUUCAUGUCACAUGACCUCAGUUGAUGGCCUCUACCUGCAGUCUUUAGUGUGUCAUCUAUGGGUAUAGUAAUGUAUGUUUGACACACAAUCACUGCAGUGAUUAGCAAGUGCUAAGUUAUGAACACAGGUACAACCCCCGAAGUAAAAUAAAAAAAAAGACAACAGUACAUGACAGCAAGGUUGAACUGCAAUAGCUCAAAGGUAAAUAAUAAUAGCAGCUGCAAAUAAGCAGUUCAGCAUCACUGUAAUGAAAUGAUCUUACUCAGUCUAUGUGACUUUGUGUAAACACGCAUAAGCAUUUCUUUGUUCAGUAACAGCCCAGUGUGUUGUGUAAGACUGAAAACAUUAAAUAUUUAGUUUGA